GCAUACGCCCAGAUGUAUACAGGUUGGAUCAGAUACUCGGAUUUGUUUAUUUCAUUUUCAGUCGGUUCGCGUCAGUGACGUAAGCUAAAGCUAUUCCACGCCAAUCAAUGAAUGGCUGUUCUCGGUCUCCACUUAUGUUCCCAAUUUCCCAUUGAAUUGAUUGCAUAUUAGCUUCGGAUUCAGAUUUUUGUGGCGUAGAGAGAGAGAUAGGAGGGGAGGAUGGAGGUGUUUCACGCUUCAGCAAGUGAAUCUCCGUUGUUGGGAGAAGAUAUGGUAGAAGGGAUGGUGGAUUAUGAAGGUUGCCGGGUUACCAGAUUCAAGAGCGGCGGUUGGAGAUCUGCAUCGUUCAUUAUAGGAGUGGAGAUGGCGGAGAGAUUUGCUUACUACGGGAUUACCUCCAACCUGAUAAGCUAUCUGACGGGACCGCUCCGGCAGUCGACGGCGAUGGCUGCCGCGAACGUGAACGCAUGGUUGGGGGUGUCAUCCAUGCUUCCUCUACUGGGAGCUUUUGUUGCUGAUGCUUAUCUCGGCCGCUUUCGGAUCAUUCUUUUCUCUUCACUUCUUUAUGUUCUUGGAUUAGGGAUGUUGACGAUAUCAGCAAUUUUUCCUUCUCCGAGCUUACUUCACUGCCAGAACACAAAGAAAAACAGCUCAUGCACUCCUCAAUUCCAAAUCGUCUUCUUCUUUGCCUCUCUGUAUCUUGUGGCCCUUGCCCAGGGAGGGCACAAGCCAUGUGUGCAAGCUUUUGGUGCAGAUCAGUUUGAUGCACAGAACCCAGAUGAGUGUAAAUCCAAAAGUUCAUUCUUCAAUUGGUGGUAUUUUGCGAUUAAUGGCAGUGUCUUCAUAUCACUUUGGAUAUUAAAUUACAUUCAAGAUAACUUCAACUGGAUUCUUGGAUUUGGAAUUCCCUGCAUUUCCAUUGUAGCUGCACUUGUUGUUUUCUUACUUGGAAGGAAGACAUAUCGAUACAGUUCCAAACAAGACAAUAGCAAUCCAUUUGUGAGAAUUGCCCAAGUGUUUGUUGCUGCAGCAAGGAACUGGCGCACCACUCCCUCAACUGCUGCUGUUGCGAAGGAGGAAGAAGCAAGAGAACCACUCCCUCGGCAUGGCACAUACCAAUUCGAGUUUCUUGACAAAGCACUGGCUAUGGUUUCAAAUGAUCAAUAUGGUUCAGAUGAAAAUUGGAAAAUGUGUAGCAUCAGUCAGGUGGAAGAAGCAAAGGUGGUCCUGAGCUUGGUUCCUAUAUGGGCAACAUGUUUAAUGUAUGGAGUUGUAUUUGCUCAAUCCUCUACCUUCUUCAUCAAGCAAGGACUCACCAUGGACAGAUCAAUUACGUCUGGUUUCGAAAUACCACCUGCCUCACUUCAGUCCCUUAUCGGUGCUGCAAUUAUUGUGUUCAUUCCCAUUUAUGAUCGUAUCAUUGUUCCAAUUGCUAGAGCUUAUACUGGGAAGCCUUCUGGUAUAACAAUGCUUCAAAGAAUUGGAACUGGUAUGUUUCUAUCUCUAAUUUCCAUGGUUGUGGCAGCAAUAGUUGAGAAGGAAAGACUUAAAGUGGCCAGAGAUUCUGGACUAGUAGAUAUGCCACAAGUAACUCUUCCAAUGAGCGUGUGGUGGUUAGUUCCUCAGUAUGUCUUGUUUGGAAUUUCUGAUGUCUUCACAAUGGUUGGUUUGCAAGAAUUUUUCUAUGAUCAAGUCCCAAAUGGAUUGAGAAGCAUGGGUCUAUCCCUUUACCUUAGCAUCUUUGGCAUAGGGAACUUCCUAAGCAGCUUCCUCAUCUCUGUCAUUGAGAAGGAAACCAGUAGGGGAGGCCAAGACAGUUGGUUUGCAAAUAAUUUGAACCGGGCACAUCUAGAUUGGUUCUACUGGCUUCUUUCUGGAUUAAGUGUAAUAGAAUUAGUUUUGUAUUUGUAUUUUUCCAAAUCAUACAUCUAUAACAGAGCAAGUGCCAUCUGAGGUACCUCAAUCCUGUUACAGAUUUCUUAUUCACAUUUGUAUGUAUAUUAGAAUAAUGCCAAUGAAGUAACUAUUUGUUUUCUCUGAA